AUGGCUUCCCGGCGCGACCUGCUCCAUGAGGAGGAGCGCGCUUUGGUACCUCCCCAUGUCAGGGAUCGGCUCACAUCCGCCAUCCCCGCUACCGACGUGACAAAAGUCUGUCUGCGACUUCGUCACCUCGUCCAAGAAUGCAUCCCUUGCGAGAUGGACGAGGCGAGGGUCACGACGCCCCAUAGCAAAAUCAUUACCAGACAAGUUAUUCAGGCCGCGAAAGAAGCUGGCGGCGAGUCUCAUAGUUCCUGCGUGGUCUAUUCGCUCCUGGUGAACCAGCGAUGGUUCCGCCGCGAGGCCGUUGUCGAAUUAUGGGAUGCCGGCCUUCAUAACCUGCGAGCGGAGGCUUGUGGAGUUAUUGCUAAGGAACUAAUCGAGACCGAGGACGAUCCCCAUCAUCUCCUCCAUGCAAUUCUGCUUCGGCGAUAUUCAUUCAUCGUGGACGGCACGCCGACGACUCCCGUCAAUGUCAUCGAAAAGGCUGUCGACUUGCACUCUGUGCGCGUCAUCGGCUCUUCCGGCUACCAGAAAUGCAUAAACUACCUCUGGAGUGGAUGGCUUGUUCAGGAUGAAAACGACGCGGCCGUCUUUGUCGACUAUAAAAACAGGGACAAUCCCAAUUUUUUUGCCCACAUGGAUCCCGAUCGUAUGCGGGCACCGCGAUACCAGAAUGCUGCCCAGCUCCUCCUCUCUCUCGUCUACCUCGCCUUGUACACGGCCGCCAUCAACUCGAUCAAUGCUGGCGGAGUCUUUGAUGGCGAAGAGAUUGCUUUGUACAUCUUCACUCUUGGCUUCGUGUGCGACGAGCUCCUCAAGUUCUGGAAAGCCGGCUACCAGAUUCUUGGCUUCUGGAACGCCUUCAAUGGAUUGCUUUAUUCUUUCUUAACAGUUUCCUUUGUCUUCAAGAUCAUCGGGCUCAUGCACGACCGUGAUUCAGAUGGCAGGGCGGCUUACAGUCAGCUGAGCUACAACUUGUUGGCCUUUAUUGCACCCAUGUUCUGGUCUCGGCUUUUGCUCUACCUCGAUAGCUUCCGCUUCUUUGGUGCUAUGCUUGUUGUUCUUAAGGUUAUGAUGAAGGAAUCCGUCAUCUUCUUUGCCCUGCUCGUCAUCAUCAUCGUUGGCUUUCUUCAAGCGUUCAUCGGCCUUGACGCUGCAGACAACAAUGCUAUUGACGCCGUGCCUUUCAUCGUCGAAUCUAUGCUUAAAGCCAUCAUGCAAAGCCCGGAAUUUGAAGGCUUCGAGUCAUUCGCUCACCCCUGGGGCAUAGUUCUCUACUACUGCUUUACUUUUGUUGUCAUGAUUGUCCUUCUCAAUAUUCUCAUUGCGCUAUACAACUCCGCCUACGAAGACAUAUACGAAAAUGCCGACGACGAAUAUCUGGCGCUCUUUGCCCAGAAGACGAUGCAGUUUGUUCGCGCUCCUGACGAGAAUGUGUAUAUUGCGCCCCUCAACCUGGUUGAAAUUGUCGUAUCUGCUCUGACCGAGUGGUGGCUCCCAAAACACAUCUACGAAACUGUUAAUGACUGGAUCAUGGCAUUCUUGUACUCACCGCUACUAGUAGUGGCGGCCUAUUUGGAGACGAAGACGGCACACAGAAUUCGUCAAAACCGUGCUCGAGGCGAGGAGGAUGACGACGUGGUUCAGGAAUGGGAGCAACUGGCGGACGAAAUGGAUUUCGAAGCCGAGGGAUGGAUCAAGACGUGCGAUGCUGUGCGGCCCAACGUUGAGGAUGACGCGGCAGCGCUGGAAGUGAAGAAGCUUCGAUCGGAAGUGGCAGAGCUCAAGACGAUGAUUACGAAGCUUGCAAAGGAAGGAAAGGAGUAG